AUGUCAACAAAAUAUGUCCCGCCGCUAACUUCACAGACUUCACUCUUUCCUGAUACAGUGAAAGACUUUCUCUACUAUCAACACUGUCGCCAUUUCCCCUUGUUACUGGACCUUCCUGACAAAUGUGGAGGAGCUGAUGAAUCAGCAGAAGUCUUUCUUCUGCUGAUCAUUAAAAGCACCCCUGAGAACUACGACCGCCGAGAGGUGCUGCGCAACUGGGCUAAGGAGAGGUUACACAAGGGUGUGUGGAUCCGAAGGAUCUUCAUCUCAGGAACAACAAAUUCUGGUUUUGAGAAAGACAGAAUGAACAAAUCCGAGCUGGAGCAACGUGAGUACAAUGACAUCCUUCAGUGGGACUUCAGGGACACAUUCUUCAACCUCACUUUGAAGCAAGUUCUCUUCCUGGAAUGGAUGGAAAGAAACUGUCCAAACGUUCGCUUCCUGUUCAACGGUGACGAUGACGUCUUUGCCAACACAGACAACAUGGUGGAGUACCUCCAAGAUCUCAAAGAUACUAAUGGAAGUAAACACCUUUUUACUGGCCACCCAUCGAGAAUACGAAGCCUUCAGAGACAAAAUAGCAAGUAUUUUGUCCCAGUCCAGGUAGAAGUCCGACUUAUAUCUCCUUACUGUGGUGGUGGUGGCUUCCUCUUGUCUGGUAUACAGCUUGGUCAUAACACAAUGUCGCACUCUUCCCUUCACCCCAUUGAUGAUGUUUACAUAGAUGUGUCUGGCUAAAGCAGAACUAGUCCUACCGCCAUAUGGGAAUGUGUGGAGGUCUGUAUUCCCUCCAAGAAACUAGAUGAAUACGACCCUUGCUAUUACAGAAACAUAGUGGUACACAGAUUCCUUUCAGCUCGCAUGUAUUAUUUGUGGCAAAGAAUCGAUCCUGAUCUGAAAUGUGGCAGCACCAAACUGUAACUUCCAGCUGGCUGCACUUUGCUUGAUGAUGAUUUGGUUUGGACUGUUUUCCUUCUACUGGUCAGAUGUCCAGUGGAUCUUUUUUCUGAGAAAAUUGUCUGGCUGACAUAAUAAUUAAUUUUGAGUGUUAACAUUGCCACUGUUAUCACUGUUAGCCGAGAACGUCCAGAAGGGCGUAGCAGUAGCAGCCUAAGUAAGGAAAGGCAGGAUUG